AUGAAUUUCGUGUUUGACGCUGAUACAUUACUUGAAAUUCCAAACAAUGAUUUGCAAUCUGCAGCCAACUGUGAAUAUGAGCCACUUUCUACAAAUAAUAGAAACUCAACUUCACAAAAAUUAAGCACCAUGGUUAAAAUUAGACAUGUUCAAAAGAAAAACAUCGUAGGUCCCCAUAUAAGAUCCAAGUUUGGAUGCACAUGUUGCAAAAAGGAUAGGAAGAAAUGUGAUGAAAGGCGCCCCAAGUGUGGAAAAUGCAAAGACAAAAGCAGAGAAUGUGUUUAUUUAUUACCAGAGCCUAAAUCUAAGUGUGUUUCUAGUGCUAAUAGAAAUGAAACACUAGCUUCAUCUACAAUUGGUGAAAUAUCUAGUGUUAAUCGUGCUUCGACAACUACAAAGAACGGAAACACAAUUGAAAACUCUCCUUUAGACACUAGUUCCUUAGACACUAGUUCUUUGGAAACCUCUCCAACAUUUUCCCACUGUAAUACGUUGACAACUAAAGCAAGUAGCACCAUGUUUCCAUCACCACUCCCAGAGCUCUCUUCUGACUUAUACGACCAAUUAGAAGAAUUUUUAAACACUCAUCCUGGAUCUACUUUUGUUGAUCAUCAAGCUUCAAGAGCUUCAAUUUUGCCAACUUCUUUUCAAAUACCAAGUUCUCCCAAUUCAAUAUUAUCAACAAGUAUAUAUGCAUUAUAUUUGGAUGAGAAGGGGCUCAAAUAUCUUCAGUACUUCCAAACCAAUGUUUCCAAGCUUCUUUGCUUAACUUCAGCGUAUAGUCCUAACUAUUUUGUCAACACUUUCUUUUCUGUUGCAAUCUGUGACGAAGCCAUCCUGAACGCAUUAGCUGCAUGGGGUGGUUACUUCAUGGAGAAGCUUGUCUCAUCUGAAAGUAACUUAGAAUUAGAUUCCCUGGAAGUGGAACAACUGUUUCUUCCUUAUAUGGAAAGGGCCAAGAGCCUUAUUUCUCAUCGUUAUGCAAAUGGUCCAUUAGACAAGAACGAUAGAUAUACACUUCUAUGCUUCUAUAUCAUUGAAAUGGGAAUGAAAAUUUGUACUGGGGAUGUUUCUGACUGGUAUGAGAUCUUUACGAAGAGUCACAAGAUGCUUAACACAAACUAUGGAGGAAUUCUUCAACUCUGUGAAGACUUCUCCUAUUCAAAUGAUGUAAAGUGGCUUGUUCUGAACUUGCAGUACCAUGAUAUUAUGUCAUCAGUUACCCAAUCUAAAGGUACAUUAUUCUCCAUGGAAGAUUACAACACAUUGUUUACACAAUACAAGAUUUUAGAUUCUGGCGGGUACGGAUUGGAUCCAUUUCAAGGCAUCAUUCAACCAAUUUACCUAUUAUUAGGGGAAAUAAUGAACGCGCAUGUCACCUUGAAGUCUUGGAGAAGUAGAAUUGAGAAACAAUUGUCUGCUUUAGAUGAUGUUUCAAAGGGCUCUAUCGAAACUAGGUACUUGAGACAGAUGAGAAUAGUAUACUUUGAAGAUGCUGAAUCCACAUAUGAUAGACUUAAGGAAAGAGUUAUUGUAUGUGAACCUUCUACCAUUCAAAUGGAGCUUCUAUCUCGCACUGGGAAGUCUACACUUCAACAUCAUUUAAAACUAUUUGAAAUAGUAAGGAAUACUUGCAAACUUUACAUGUUGCUCCACUUGAAACAGGUCACCCCAGCUUCUCCAGAAGUCCAGCUGAUUUUGCUUCAAUCACUAGUCUACAUUGAGUCAAUUGAAGAUACAGACAUAGUAGCAGCAUUGCCAAUGCUGUUAUUAAUUUGCGGGAUUUCGUGUUCAUUACCUUGCGAUAGGAAAGAAAUGCAUGGCACUUUUAAGAAGAUUUAUUCUACAUAUAAAGUUGGAAAUCUAGCUAGGGUGUGGGAUGUAGUCGAAGAAUAUUGGAGAAGAAAUCCUAUGGGUACUUUAUGCAUUGAUUGGGCUGAAAUCUGUGAAGAGAAUGGCUGGAGUUUAUGUAUGUGUUAG